GCGCGACUGCUAGGUCUCGUCCCUCUUGAGGGUGGCAGAGUAUCCUUCAUGGGCGUCAGUUAUUGGAGAGGGGAUUACGAUGGCAGGUUGGUAAUGGCCAAUUGAUUUCCCUCCUUCAUUCCAACUGGAUUCCUAGGUUCCAACUUGAUCCCCCCAUAUGCUAUAAUCCGCGGAUUUUGCCUGAGGGGGGUGAUCCUUUGGUGGCCGAGAUUAUUUGUCAGGGGGAGGGGAGGUGGUCUGAUGAGAGGCUCCGUCAGUGGUUUGACCCGCCUACCUGUAGGGCUAUCAAGGCUAUUCCUCUUCCUAGAUAGGAUAUGUCUGAUAAGCUUAUCUGGCAUUUUACGGCUGACGGAGUCUUCUCGGUGAAGUCGGCUUACCAUUUGGCUGUUGAUUUGGACAGGAGGAGGGGUGGGUGGCGAGCCUCGGUUAGCUGGAUGGGUAAACCGAGUUGGAUAAGAGUGUGGGAGGCGAAGAUCCCUCCGAAGUUGAAGGUUUUUGUGUGGCAAAUCCUUAAUCGGGCUCUACCAACUAUGGAGGCGCUUAUUGAGAAGAAGGUUUAGGUUCUCUCUCGGUGUCCAGUUUGUUGGGAUGUCCCGGAGACGAUGGAACACCUUUUCCUGUACUGUCCGGUUGCGCGGGCCCUCUGGGACUACUCAGGGCUGGAAUGCCUGGGGGAGGGUUUGCCUCCGCACACUUUUCCUUUGUUUCUCAAUCGUUUGUUGGGACUGAUUCGUCAGCCGUCGGUGGUUUUGGCUGUUGUUGCCGUCCUUUGGAGGAUCUGGCGUUCUCGAAAUUGGGUUGUCUUUGAGGGCAAACAAUUUGGGAUCUCGGCGCUUAUGCGACAGUUUCACCAACAGUAUGAGGAAUGGGUGAGUCUAUCUUCGGAUCAGGCUUCGAGGGUGCCUAUCCCGUUGAUGCAACCAACAGCGCAUGUGGGUGAUUCCCAUUUGGUUUGCAUGUGGGAUGGGGCUACUAAGGGUGGGUCACAUUCGGCUGGUGGGAUUGUUCUAUUUGACUCAGCGCGGACACUCCUUCUGGCUAGAGGGGUUCAGUUUUCUCAAAUGGAUGACCCGGGGAUGGUGGAAUUACUUGUGCUUAGGGAAGCGAUUGUUUGGUGUAUGGAGCAAGGCUUGUCGGAGGUCCGGUUUGAGGGUGAUGCGAUGGUGAUUAUUGAUAAAAUAAAUCAAGCCAACACGAGAGAUAGUCGGUUGGGUGCUGUUUUGGAGGAGAUUGGUCAUUAUUUUCUUACCCAAUCUGGUUUUAGUGUGCGUUUUGUAGGUCGGGAGAACAAUAGGGUAGCUCAUUUGGUAGCUAGGAAAGCCCUUUCUUUGUAUCCGACUAUGAGUCGCUUCUUUGUUUUCCCGUCCUGGCUGGUUUCCAGGGUGUAACUGUCUAUCUUUUUGAUCAAUACAUGAUAUCUUUUGACAAAAAAAAAAGAGGAUUGCAACUUGUGAUCAUGUUUGCAUAAAGCAUACAUUAAAUGGUUGUGUUUGACCUUUGUUAAAAUUUAAAAGGUAAUGUCUAUUUUUUAUCCAAAUCUUUUCAGAUUGUUUUAUAUAAUCCAAACCUAUUAAAAUGCUAUUAAUUAGCCAAAUCUUUCGUAAUGCAUCAAAAUAUUAGCAAUUUUUAGGUUAUCGUUAAUAACUUUGUAACUCUUUUCUUUGUUAAAAUACUCAAAUUUUGGAAUGUUGACUUUCAUUUGUCUCUUCCAAGUCAAUAUCAUGUUGGCAAAUAAAAUAUUACUAACAAAAUUGCUAACUGAAAGUUAACAUAUGGUUAAUUCUUAGUAUAUCGAUAGAUUUGGCUAAUAAAAGAGAAGCCAAAAAAAGUUUGGAUAAAAAAAAAGACAUUACCCAAACUUAAAUAAUGAUUUAAUGGGUAACUUGUUAUCAAAGGACUGUAUGCACUUACAAUGGGAACGGCUACGGUGCUAAUUGUACAAUAGUUAGCACCGUCCUAACCAAGGGAAAAACUACUACAAGUUUGAAUUAGUAGUGAUUUAGCUUAGAUGUUGUAUUGAUUUUAUAAUAAUUCGUAGUGAUUUUUGCUAGUUAUCACGGUGCUAACCCCUAUAAGGGUUAGCAUCUAAUCACAUCCCACUUACAAUACAUCAAAGAAUUAGUGUAACCAUUAACGACUGAGUUGCAUACCCGUUACCGGAUCAAUCAUAUUAAUUAAGUAUGGUUGACUUGAAGAAGAUGAUCUCGUUAAUCAUGAUUCAUGUCCGGGUUAAUAAGGUUGAAAUUUCAAAACUCCAUAUAUAGAGAGUAUCUUCUCCUUUUCUUCGUUUCUCAUCCUCAAGUUAUCCCCAAGAACAUCUAAAUGUCAACGGGAUCUGCUGUAGGCCGUAGUGUUAAGCUAGAAAACAGUGCGGAAAUGGAGGAGGAAUCGACGAAAAUUUGAGCGAAUGUCACUUUGAAUCAUUCAAAGAAUAACCAAAGUGAAUAAAUAAAAGGAGGCAACACCGUCGUGGUUGAAUCUGACCAGUGUGUUUCAAAAUAUAAAAUUAAAUUAAAACUCUUGUCUGGAUAACAUAAAACACACUCAAGACUGGAACAAGUCUCUCAUCAACUUGUGCUUAGGAAGUUUCAGGGAUCAGGAUCAUGAAUCCUAGCUAGAUAAUGUCAACCAAUAAAUUUUGAAUUAUAAACUAUUUUUAUGUUAAUUAAAUUAAGGUAUCUUUCGUAUUCGUAUUAGCUGCAAAUCAUUGAAUUGCGGUGCUACACUUAUUAACUGAAUUAUGACAAUAGAUGCAGCAAUUGUUGAUGUUGAUUUUUGUUUUUACGUAUGGAUGAUCUCCCAAGUUGAACCGUAAUGUAUGGAAAAAGAAUAGUACUUAAUAAAUUGUGUUUUGAAUU